GCUUUGCUGUUUGUGGAAUUUACUGGGUUUGGUUGUUGUAUAAUUACGUUAUUUGUUGCUACUAUAGUUUACUCGCCACUUUAUGCUAGCGGUAGUUUACUACUAUCAAUAUUAGUACUUUUGUAUGGUUGUUUAAAUUAUCAUAUCUGAAAUACUAUUGUAUGGUUUUUGGGUUGCUUGUUUUUCAAGUUUGGGUCUCCUAUAUAACGGGUCAUGGUGUCUUUGUAACUCUCAACUAAUUUCCGGUUUCAUUAAUAAAAUAAUGUCGAUAUAGGUUUGAUCAAAUCGUGUAUUGGUGUUUUUGUGUCCUAAUUAACCCGGGCCUUUAUUUAUUGUUGGAAAAUCAGUCCCUUUCUCGAACAAGAAUUACUUUAAGAAACUUUAAUCAAUCUUGACCUCCCCAGACCCUACCAACAGCUCUGAUAUGAGUGGGAUUUUACUGGGUUUAGUGAGGACUACAGAUCAUGGGUGCCAAAAGUUCAAAACGGGAUUCUAGUAGGUAUUCAUCAUACGGGUCGACAUCCGAUUCAAAUUCGUGGGCUUACCCGCAAUCGCAAUCGCCUUAUCCUCAAACACCAAUGAACCAACCAUAUGCUUCCCCUUAUUCUUAUCAAAGUUAUCCUGAUCAAGCUCCUGCAGUUAAGAGAAAGCUUGAGCGAAAAUACUCGAGAAUAGAUGAUAAUUACAACAAUAUACAACAGGUUACUGAUGCUUUAGCACAUGCUGGUUUGGAGUCUUCAAAUUUGAUUGUUGGUGUAGAUUUUACCAAGAGCAAUGAAUGGACUGGCAAAAGAUCGUUUAAUCGACGAAGUUUGCAUCACAUUGGAAACGACAUGAACCCUUAUGAAGAAGCAAUAUCUAUAAUAGGAAGGACACUAGCUUCUUUCGACGAGGAUAAUUUAAUUCCUUGUUUUGGAUUCGGAGACGCUUCAACUCAUGAUCAAGAAGUCUUUAGCUUCUAUCCUGGUGAAAGAUUUUGUGACGGAUUCGAGGAUGUUUUGAAACGAUACAGAGAAUUAGCACCUCAAUUGCGGCUUGCAGGACCUACGUCGUUUGCCCCUAUCAUUGAAAUGGCCAUUACAAUUGUCGAACAAAGUGGUGGUCAGUAUCAUGUCUUGUUGAUCAUUGCUGAUGGGCAGGUGACAAGAAGUGUUGAUACAGACCGUGGUCAACUAAGCCCUCAGGAAAGGAGAACAGUCGAGGCGAUUGUGAAAGCUAGCGAAUAUCCGUUGUCAAUAGUAUUAGUUGGAGUAGGUGAUGGACCGUGGGACAUGAUGAAGGAAUUUGACGACAAUAUCCCUGCUCGAGCUUUUGACAAUUUCCAGUUUGUAAAUUUCACAGAAAUUAUGUCGAAGAACAUGAAUACGUCUAGAAAGGAAGCAGAGUUUGCUCUUGCAGCAUUGAUGGAGAUACCUUCACAAUACAAGGCAACACUAGAGCUCAACAUACUCGGUACUCGUCGAGGGACAACUAUAGAUAGGGUUUCUCUUCCACCGCCAAACUAUGGCUCGGCGUCUUUUGGUAGGCCCAAGCAGCCUUCAUGGUCAACUAGUUUCCAACCACCUGAACAAACUUUCGUGAAAAGGGAAACCGCGGCUAAGAGAAGCUCUUACGGUACUUCGACCUCGGACACCAAUCUUUGUCCCAUCUGCAUAACUAACACAAAGGAUAUGGCCUUUGGCUGUGGACAUCAGACAUGUUGCGAAUGUGGCACAGACCUUCAACUAUGCCCCAUAUGCAGGAGUCACAUUCAGACCAGGAUCAAGCUUUAUUAACCGCACCGCGUGAUCAAAUAUCCGGCAACCGGCGGUUGACAUUCGGUUAUUUCGGUCCCAAAAAUGUGCCCACAUUCAGUUAUUUCGGUCCCAAAAAUGUGCCAAAUCAUCGGGUGAAUUUUUCUUGUGAUCUUGUAAAGUAGUUGUACCAAAGAUCUUAACUUCAGGAUGUACCAUAUGCAUUUCUUUAGCAAAAUAAUCGAACCGAAUCUAUAUAUUUGCAACAUUUAUAUGUAAGUUCUUCACUUGCAAAUUC